UGAGACAUUUCUUCAUCUUGGCCAUCUGAGCAAAAAUUGCAAAGAAAAAAUUAAAAAAAAAGAGGCCGGCAAAAACGAAGUACAUUACAAUUGACUCACAAGUUUUGUAGUGAUUCUAUACACAUUAUAAAACUGUGUCCCGCACAAGUUCAUAAAUAACCAAAACAAUCAACUGAAAUCUUUUAGCCAUAAUGAUGGUUCCCACAAUAUUUUUUUUCCUUCAGUUUUCUACUCUCUUAUAUUUUUUCACAGUUUCUUUUGCUUCCAUUGAGGAGGCAACUGCUCUUCUCAAAUGGAAAGCAACUUUCCAUAACCAGAAUAAUUCCUUAUUGGCUUCUUGGACACUAAUUACUGAUGCAUGCAGGGAUUGGUAUGGAAUUAUAUGCUUUAAUGGUCGGAUAAACAGGUUGAAUAUUGCAAAUGUUGGUGUUACUGGUACACUCUAUGAUUUUCCAUUUUCGUCUCUCCCUUUUCUUGAAUAUGUUGAUCUUAGCAUGAACCAACUCUCUGGCACCAUUCCACCUGAACUAGGGAAGAUGAAGUCACUUGAGAUUUUAACCUUAGGGAGUAACAAUCUUUCUGGCCCAAUUCCAAUUACUCUUUGUGACUUAACUAAGCUCGAAAUUUUGAACCUUUAUUCUAACCAACUUUGUGGUCCCAUUCCUAGUGAGUUGGGAAAUUUGAAAAACCUCACUGGUUUGGCAUUAUCUGAUAAUCAACUUAAUGGUUCAAUUCCAAUUACUCUAGGUGACUUAAUUAGGCUCAAAGUUUUGAACCUUUAUUCUAAUCAACUUUCUGGUCCCGUUCCUAGUGAGUUGGGGAAUUUGGAAAACCUCACUGAUUUGGCAUUAUCUGACAAUCAGCUUAGUGGUUCAAUUCCAAUUGCUGUAGGUGAUUUAACUAAGCUCAAGAGACUGUACCUCCAUUCGAACCAAUUUUCUGGUCCCAUUCCUGGUGAAUUGGGGAAUUUGAAAAACCUCACCGGUAUAACAUUGUCUUAUAAUCAGCUAAGUGGUUCAAUUCCAAUUACUCUAGGUGACUUAACUAAGCUUAAGAGACUGUAUCUUUCAUCUAACCAACUUUCUGGUCCCAUUCCUAGUGAAUUGGGAAAUUCAAAAAACCUCACUGAUAUGGAUUUAUCUGCUAAUCAGCUUACUGGUUCAAUUCCAAUUAGUCUAGCUCAAUUAACUGAGCUCAAGAAACUAUACCUUUCUUCUAACCAACUUUCUGGUCCCAUUCCUAGUGAUUUGGGGAAAUGCAAAAAUUUGAUUGAUCUGCGCCUAGGCAGAAAUAAUAUUAGUGGUAGCAUACCACCAGAGAUUGGAAACGUCCAAAGGCUUCAAGGACUUUUUCUUUCAUCAAAUCAUUUGAUUGGGCAAAUUCCAAAGGAAUUUGGAAAAUUAACCUCUCUGGUUAAGCUUACAAUUCAAAACAACAGUAUUUCUGGCAAUAUACCUGAGGAACUUAGGUCACUGACAAAGUUAGAAACCCUCGAUCUAUCAAACAACAGAUUGAAUGGGUCAAUCCCGACAUGUAUAGGAGAUUUCAUGCACUUGUUUCAGUUGAACCUGAGUAACAACAAGUUUGGCCAGAAAAUUCCAAAAGAGAUAGGGAGGAUAACUCAUCUGAUUGUACUUGAUUUGAGCCAUAAUCUUCUUGAUGGAGAAAUACCUGUUCAGUUGACCAGUUUGUUGGACUUGUCAAACUUGAAUCUUUCCCACAAUGGCCUCUCUGGCCGCAUUCCUGAAAAAUUUGAAAGUUUGACUAGUUUGCAGGAUGUCGUAUUGUCAUACAAUGAGUUGGAAGGUCCAAUCCCUAAUAAUAAAGCUUUUAUUAAUGCUUCAUUAGAAGGUAAUAAAGGUCUUUGCGGCAAUCUAACAGGAUUCCAGCCAUGCGAAAAGCCAUCUUCGCACACAAUAGAGAAGCGACGUAAACUCAUCCUCAUCAUUCUACUUCCUGUUAUGGGAGCACUAGUACUACUUUGUGUUUUAUUUGGUGUUCUCUUUAUGUUUGAUAAAAGGAGACCUAAAGACGUUGAAAGACGGAAUGAUGAUGGUUGUCUUUCGAUAUCCAUGUUAGAUGGGAAGGCAUUGUACAGGGACAUCUUAAACGCCACAGAGGAGUUUGAUGCAACAUUUUGCAUCGGGCAAGGAGGGCAUGGAAGUGUUUACAAGGUUAACCUUCCUUCAUUAGGGACCAUAGCUGUGAAGAGACUUCAUUCUUCAGUUGAGAAUACAAAUCCCAAAAGCUUCAUGAAUGAAAUAAGGGCAUUGACUGGGAUUAAGCACCGGAACAUUGUGAACCUCUAUGGCUAUUGUUCACAUGCACAACACUCAUUCUUGGUUUACGAGUAUGCGGAGAGGGGGAGUUUGUCUAGUAUAUUGACAAAUGAAACUGAGUCCAAGAAAUUGGAUUGGCUUAAAAGGGUGAAUAUCAUCAAAGGUGUUGCGUUUGCUUUAUCUUACAUGCACCAGGAUUGCUCACCACUGAUUGUUCAUCGAGACAUAUCAAGCAGUAAUGUUUUGCUUGAUUCCAAGUAUGAAGCUCGUGUUUCAGAUUUUGGCAUAGCUAAGCUUCUCAAGCCGGACUCAUCCAACUGUACUGCGCUUGCAGGCACAUAUGGCUAUGUUGCACCUGAGCUUGCAUAUACACUGAAGGUUACGCCAAUGUGUGAUGUCUAUAGCUUUGGAGUUUUAGCAAUGGAGAUAAUCAAAGGAAAGCAUCUCGGGGAAUAUAUUACCGUGCUAGCAAAUUCGUCGACUAUAGAUCAUGUGCAGUUUAGUGAUUUGCUAGAUGAACGCCUUCCAUAUCCUGAAGAUGAACUAAAAGAGGUUUUGGUUUUUAUCAUCAAGCUAGCAAGCUCUUGUUUGGUUGAAACUCCAAAAUCAAGGCCAACAAUGCAAUUCAUCUCUCAUAAAUUAUCAACAUUGUUCCACGUCCACCAACUCAUGUAAAGCGAGCUUUUUAAUCCCUGAGAUGUAAGGUGUCUUUGUAUGAAAAUGAAUAACCUUUGACCCAUGACAAAAUUAUUAUUCGGACUAGUAUUGUUGUAUUGUCAGGGUGUUUGUCUGUUUUCUUCUAUUAGAUGAUAUAAUGUAUAAGGUUAUGGUUCCUUGUGCCAAAAAGUAAUAAAACAACCUUCACGAA